AGUGUAACACCAUCAGUCCCUGGGUAUUCUCUGUCACUGGGCAGAACAAGAAGGUGGGAAAGGGAAGCAGGGAAGCAGGGAAGAGAGAGGAAGAGAGUGGCGGGGGGGGUGGUGGCUUCACUGGCAAAUUGCUGCUGUCUAUCAGAAGAAGCAGCAAAGAGAACCAGAGGGGAAGAGAGAGGGAGGAAAGUUCCCGCCGAGCCGAACCAAUCAGCAGCACCAAGGCUACAGUGUCCACCAACUUCUCCGGGGUAGAGAGGGAGAGAGAGUGAGGAAGAGGGAGAAAGUUGCUCCGAAGGAUUUUUGUUUUCUAAAAACAGUGGGGGACUGGUACAUACACAACUUUUGGGGCACACGUGUGUAGAGUGUUUAAAAGGAACAGCCAUCCCGUUUGGCCAUGCAACAGGCCUGGGACAAAGCUCUCUUUGAGGCACACAUAGAAGGUGUUAAGAACGGGCAAACUGUUAAAAUGUCUGGAAAAGGCCAAGGAGGAUAUAUGGGAGCCAAGAUGCCCAACCAACACUUUGAGAGCACCGGCGUGUCGGACGGCAAUGACAACAAGCCCCACCCAGUGGGCGGCGGCCAGGAUCAGCUGAGUGGAGCGGGUGGUCCUCACCAGAACGCCCAGCUCCUCCUGACCCCUGCCAGCCUCCAGCUUGCCCAGCUCCAGGCUCAACUCACCCUCCACCGUCUCAAACUUGCCCAGGGUGCCGUGGGAGGAAACGCCAACGCCGCAGCAGCGGCCAGUGUCCUCAAUCAGGUCCUCUCCAAUGUGGCCAUGUCCCAGCCUCUUUUCAACCAGCUAAGGGCCUCGGCCAUGGUCGGGAAUGCUCAGGCAGUUGGGGGUGGUUUCCACUCUGGUGCCCUAGCUUUCCAACCGCCUCCACCACCGCCGCUACCCCCCAAUGCCGCCAUGGGGACAUUGGUAGGGUCCGGAUUCAGCCAGAACCAUGGUAACGUGAGACUGAACCAUUAUGGGGGUGGAGGUGUUUCAGGGAACCAACAGCAGCAGCAACAGGCCAACCAGCAUGGGGGAUCAGAGUACGGCAAGAAAGCUGAAUCAACAUACCCUGCUGAUCGGUAUGGCUUUCUGGAUGCAACGUCCGCAGCAUCAAGUAAAGUAGGAGAUGGACAAGGGCAGUAUGUGCCAGUCAUGACUCAGGCAAAGAGUACAAACCAAGGCUUUCAGAUGGACUUCUAUGGGCAGAGUGAUCAGAGCCAGCAACAACAAGGUGGAUUCUGUGGUGGGAAUCAGAGUGAGCCGAACAUGAACACUUUCAACGAGCCGCAGUGGAAAAGCCCGGCUACCAGGGGCCACACAGUGAAAGGCAUGGACCUGGUUGCCAAUACGGCCACAGUGUGGACGGCAACUGGGAAACCGUUCCGUGCCAGAGGGGAACUGUACAACCCUGAGGAGCCAACCGCUGACCCCAAGUUCAACCCUGACACUAGGGGUGUUACUUCCUCCUUUGUGGCGGGCACAGGAGGCACCCAAGGGUUUCUGGGAUAUCACAAGCAGCCCCAGCAGGGGGUUGAGGAGACCCUGUCUACGGGUGGAUCCUUGCAACUGCACCCUCACCAGCUUAACGACUACCUUGCAGUGCCACCUUCCCACCUGCCCCACCAGUGCACCAUCUGUGAGAAGAAGGUCUACAACCUCAAGGACUGGGACCAGCACGUGAAGGGCAAGCUACACCUGCAGAACCGUUCCCUGUACUGUGACGGAGCUAACACUGCAGCAGGAGCUGUCCCCUACGGUCCCACUGGGUCGUCUGAAGGAUGCCGAAACACCCUCGGAGGGAAUAACUCCAUGGCUUACUCUGCUGCCGCCAAUCAAGAUGUACUGUCCGGAGCUAACACUAACGUGUACCUACCAGCCACAUCCUUAAAGACUUAUUCCAUGUCAGGGGCUGGAUUUACUCAACUCCCACCCGGGUCACAGACAUUUCCUCCACGGAAAUCGGUCCCAGGCCGAGUUGUCCACAUAUGCAAUCUCCCAGAGGGCAGCUGCACAGAGAAUGAUGUCAUCAACCUGGGACUGCCUUUCGGCAAAGUCACCAACUACAUCCUCAUGCGCUCCACCCAUCAGGCGUUUUUGGAGAUGGCAUACAUCGAAGCGGCCCAGGCUAUGGUUCAAUACUACCAGCUGUCUCCAGCCACCAUCAAUGAUCAGAAACUACUAAUCCGGAUGUCCAAGAGAUACAAAGAGUUACAGCUCAAGAAACCAGGCAAAGAUGUGGACACGAUCAUCCAGGACAUCAAUUCUCAGAGGGAAAGGGACGAGAUGCAGGAGGUUGAUCACUACAUGCCAGAGAGGGCACGGUCCCGUAGUCCCAUCAGCCGCUCCCUGAGCCCACGCUCCCACAGCCCGAGCUUCACCUCCUGUAGCUCUGCCCACAGUCCUCCUGGGGCCCCCUGCCGAGGAGGGCCGGAGCGGGGGUGCGGCAACGGGCCACGACGGGGCUCCUGGGACUGGACCGCGCAACACAUGAGAAGGGGAGACGAGGAGCGGGAAAGAGACCGGGAGAGGGAAGAGGCGGCGUGGAGGAACGGAGGCGUGGCGGACGACGACAGGUCUAACGGGAGGAUGCACGAUCGACGGAACAAGCCGUACCCGAAACCCCCGGAGCGAAUCAGUCCGCGCUCGGCGGAGGAAAGAGGAAGUGGAGGAGGCGAAGGCAUGAGGGGAGGGAACCGGGGUGGGGACUGGCACCCCCACCCCCGGGGUAGCCCUCAGGGCAUGCCCCACUACCCCUCCUACAGGAACAUGGAUGAGGAUGAGGACUUCUACAAAAAAGAGCAAGUGUACAAGCCGGAGAUGCCCUUGAGGCCGCAGUAUGAGAGGCAUGAGGAGGGGAGAACCAAGACGAAGAGGAGGGACGGAGGCGACUACCACAGUAGACCCAGGCACCAGGAGUCACAGCCCCCUCCCGCCAAGACAGCCGAGAACAGGAGACAGGAGGGAGGCAGGAGCAAGAAACCAACCAAGAGGCAUGACACAGAGAAACCGGAGAAAGAGGCUACGGAACAUAAUGGAGCAACCGCCGAGGACCAGCCGUCAAAAGAGAAGUCUGCGUCUCCGCCACGAAGCGCUAAGCACGAGGGAGAAAGGGCCGCUGAAGCGGAGUGGGAGAGUGGCGAGGACACGGAAGGCGAGUGCUGGUACCCAAAGAACAUGGAGGAGCUGGUCACUGUCGACGAGGUCGGGGAGGAUGACUCCAUCAUUGAACCGGACCUCCCCGAGCUGCAGGAGCACGACGACCCGUCGCUCUCGGCCACGGGCCCUACAGGGGAGGUGGCGGAGGAGGCUCUGCGGACGGCCUCCAAACCCUGUCCUGAGAUUGAGUCGGCCCCAAGAGAGGAGACGGAGUCAGGGAGAGGAGGUGGCGUCAGUGGGCUGGGGGAUUCUGCGCACACAGAGAAGGCAGAGGAUAUUUUGACAUCGCCCGAAGCCUCUCGUCUGCCCCCUCCACCUCCCCCUCUACCGGCUGUCUCAGUGGCUUCAGAAACGGCCGGUUCAAAGCUGAAUGAUUUUCCUACCCUGGAGUUCAAGGCAGCCCUCGAGGAGACAUGUUUGACUGGGCAGACACCAGUGCACGACACACUGAACAAUCAUGUCAGCGCACGUGAAAGCAACAAGACACAGGAAGAAAUACACAAGAUGGAGGAUGUGGAGAAGCAAGUCCCAGCCACAGUGACAGACCGUAAAGACUCCCAGCCUGAGGCAGGUACUCCUGCAAGAGUUGUCCAGAAUUUGACACACAUCGCAUGUCCUAUAAACCAGCCAGACACUAAGGCAUAUUCCCCUUCUAUGGAGCAGGAGAAGGCUAUUAGUGAACACAGCAUCCCUCUAGGGGUGGAGUUCAUCGUGCCCAGGACUGGGUUCUACUGUAAGCUGUGUGGCCUGUUUUACACCAGCGAGGAGACAGCCAAGACCUCUCACUGUCGCAGCACCGUGCACUACCGGAACCUGCAAAAGUACCUGUCUCAGCUGGCAGAGGAGAGUCUACUAGAUGCACUUGUCGACCCCGCUGCUGUUGAGUGAUCUCUGACCCCUGACCUAUACUCAUACAGUGCUGCCAAGUUGAUAGACUGGUUCAUGUUCAGUGUGUAACAUAGAAUGACCUGUGAAACGGUGUGUAGCGCACUUGCGUGCGUGUGUGUGUGUGUGUGUGUGCAGGUUAUGCCCGAGGACAACUCAAAGAGACAAAGGAAUGGCAUUUCAGAUGGUGCAGAGAGUCUGAAUGACACAUGGGAUGGAAAUCAUAAGGUCAGAUGCACUGGACCCAGAGAGAAGAGAGUAUCUAUGACUUAUUGCUGAAUAUCUCAGCAAUAUGUUUUGUACACGGCAUAAUUAUAUUUACUGUGAUUUUAGGAAGGUUCAGUAAUGUUUUGUAUGAUGUUGCAGUACUAAAACUAAGAAAAGGAAAAUGGAAAAGUCACCAAAUAUUUGUUAAAUGGUGCCCCUAUCACAUGCACCUGAAAUAGUUUGCAGUAAGGAAAUAAUUAUGGAAGUUUUUUCAUCAUCACAAUAAAGCAUUUGGCCUUUUAAGUAUGUCAGAAAUUACAGUAUAUAGUGAAUUUAAACUAAUUAGAGCUUUCUAAAUAUUGUUAAAAUCAUUUGAAUGACUUUGAAAUUUUGUUUUUGUAUAGGUGUCAGGGAUAUUACAUAAUUUUCUUUUUUUGCUGUAAAGUGCUUUGGAACAUAGGCUGUCUGCUGUUGAGAGAUUUUUUAGAGCAUAAAGUUAUCCUCAGGUUGAUUUCAUUUGAAGGUUGAAUUUUGAAUGUAUAUUUUAUUACACAGUAUUUCUGUGUAUACUUGGAAGGUAUGAAGGUCUACCUUUGUUUUAGCCUGUUGUGCCUGUUCAGUGGACAAAAUGGAAUAAGGUUCCAGACACUGACAAAGACAUUAGUCUGAAGUGGUAUAGCCUGAUUCUUCAAAGGACAGGUGAAGAUUUGCCAAAGUAUUGCCAAUACGCUUUAUUCAGGUUUACAUCUAUUGUUUUCCCACCCUGUAUUAGAUUUAAUUUAAUUACUUUGAAAACUUUGUGAAUUAUAAAGCUUGUCACAACCAGGUUUAAUAUUUUAAAGCGUUUUUGAAAAUGUAAAGAAACUUGAACUGGACCAUCUGUGUUAUUUAAGAGUUGAGACUUAAAUUAAGUGUGGUUUUAAAGUCAGUAAAAUAUAUUUUUGUUGGGGAAGGGUUUGAAACUUGCUUUCUCUUUCUCUGUGUUUUCUAAACUGUGAAUGUUGCUCCAAGUUUUAAGGUUUGAAGACAUUCUUUUGUUUAACUUUUCUUAUGGCAAUUUUCUGAUGCAAACCUUUAAAUAAACAUGUUAUCA